CGCAGCGGAAAGGCUGAUAUGGACAGAGGUCGAGCGACCAAAAUGACUACCGCGGAUAUUGUUUAUGACAAGAUCCACUUCAGACAUGACCCAAAGUGGAGCGGCCGCCUGGGACCUGCAGAGGGGGGCGGGCUGCUGCUCUGUGUGGCCUGUGUCAUUGAAAUGCUUGAGAGUGAUGAUGUCGCGUCAGUGAGGAAGUCUUUUGCCUUGUCUGGUAUCAGUGGUGUGUUGAGGUGUUCUCCAGGGGCCCUGAGAGAGCUUCUGCGGCAGGACCCCAAAAUCUCUCUACGUUUUACAUCUUCUCUGCUGGUGAUGCUUCACACCGUGGAGGACCCGGCCACUGUGGAAAAGGCAGACCAAGUGCUGGUUCAGCUGCUUUUAGAGCUCCAGAGUGAGCUGCCAUUUCGCUUCAUUUUGGAUGAGAUACACAAACAGUUGAGUAACCAGCUCAGUGUGAAGGGUUUUCUUCCCACCUUCAACUUCUUGGGGAACCUGGUGGAAGCAGUCCCCUAUGUGGCCCAAAGUCUGGUGACUCAGUAUGUGCCCUUACAGGAGCACCUGUGCAGGGCCUUGCUUUAUCCGGAUGAAGCACUGAAGGCUUCGGUCCUGCAUGUGUGGCUCAAACUGUUCGGGACAGCCGGGGGUUCGGCAGCCCAGUCCUUACCCGUUGCCAUCAGGGACAGAGUGUGUGUCCUGUUGCUGCAGACCUUGACAAGUGCCAGCUCCCCUCAGCUCAUCAACGUCUGCGUUGGCCUGCUCUGGCUGCUGGUGCAGCUGGAAGAGGCAGUGUCAGUUCUGAUGAACUGCCCCAGCAAUCAGGUCAUGUGCGAUGAGAACCAGAACAACCACACCAACGACAGCCAGAUCCUCAGCCAAAACCAAGAGCAACAGUCCCCUGACCAUUGCCCUCUGCCUCUCAUACUGAAAAAGUUGCUGCUGAGUGGUGAAGAGAUGUUUCAGGCAACCAGUGCAAAGUGUAUUGCAUCCGUCCUUCUUCAUUCUCCCAGUCCGUGCAGUGCUCCCUUUAUCAAGGCUGACGUACCUGAGUUUCUGUUUGACCGUCUGGCCAGUAGUAAUAGCGAGGUGCUGCUGUGGUCUGUCUACAGUUGUUUGGUGUUACUGACUAAGGACCCACUGUUCUUCUGCCAGUGUCACUCUGUCUAUGGUAUUGAGUCCCUGGUGCGCAGUCUGAAAGAGUCUCUGCGGCUGACCAACCUGGAAGUGCCGAAACAAGGUCUGCUGCUCCUUACUGAGAUACUGGAAAGGCAACCCCCAAGCGUGCGUCUGUUCCCCAGUGCUCCAGAGUUUGUGGCAGUUUCAGAGGCUGUGUUGGCUGGAGUCUCCUCUUCUUGCCUGCUGGUGGCCACACAGGCUGCCACCACUGCCUCUGUCCUGUUCAGAUUAAACCACCAGUCCAGACCAGUCCAGUACAGGGAGAUAGGGGGAUUGAUAGAGGCCAUCACUAACAGAAUUUCUGAGCUGCCCCUACCCUCUACUGCUCAUCAUCGAAGCUCUGGGAGUCUGAAGAGGUCUUCCAGGUCUGAAGAAUUUCUGCUCCAGGCCCUGGUCUGUUUUCAGGCUGCCUGCAGGUUGGCUGAGAAGUGUGCGUUAGAGCCUGUUCUGAAGGAGAACACGUUCACAGCUCCAUCUAAACACAGCGAUGUUCCAGACUCACUGGAAUCUUUGUGUCAAUGUCUGCUGCGCUGCUGUGACGCCGUCUGGAUACCCACCGUGAUUAGGAUGUGUGAGCGUGCACCCAACGCUCAGAUACUGCAGCACUUCUACACCAUCCUAUCCUCCCAGUUCACCCUGCUUCCAUCUCAUAUGCCUGUCUUUGCAAAUAAGCUUGCAUCCUCUGGUUUCUACAGGCUGGCUCUGGAACACAAAGGGCUCCUCUGUGCAGGAAACAGGAACCCAAAUCUGAAUGCAUCAUGCUGUGGUUUUCUACAGAAACUCAGCAUGUGUCUGCUUUCCCAGUCAGAACCUGCUUCUGGAGCUUACCAGAAUGAUGCUGAGGAGGCAGAGAAUCUUCUGCAAUACAACCUUCCCACUCUGUGUUGCCGACUGUCGGACUGGCCCUCUCUACUGUGUGAGGCCCCGGGGCUCCAGCUGUGUGAAUAUAAAGGACCAAGGGCCAUUCAGUACUGCCUGCUGAUAGUGCUACACCUUGCCCUGCAGCAAGGAGACAGGCUUCUCCCAGACCAGACGGUGUUCUCCAGUGUGGUGUGGGUGUUGCAUUCAGUGCAGGAGCAGGGCAGCUGUGCCUUGCCUCGCUUUGUGCUCCGCUCUGCCCUCUACCUGCUGGCAAUGACACAGGAUAAGACCCCCAACCUUGAUGGGGCUCCUUUUAACUGCGUCAUCAAGGCACUGUCCUCCUGCCAAAGCUUCUCUUCCCUCUACAUUCACCAUCCUGCACUCCUCCACUUCAUCUGUCGCUAUCCGGAGCUAGCAGAGAAAUUUGGGCCCCUGGUCUUGGAACUUUGGUUGACCAAGCAAGUACAGCAUGCAGAUGCAGAGCAGACCAUGGCAGACAUACAGGAGAAGGGAGAGGAAAGGGAAAGCCGUGCAGACGAGAUGCAUGAUCAGGAGCCAGACACAGAAACAAUGGAGCUGCUUACUCUGAUAGAGAAGUACCCAGCUGUCAUACUGACCCUCCUGGACAUGGUUUGCACCAGGGAGGCCCCCCUGGCAGGGCGAGCCCUUGGGGUGCUAGAAGUUCUUUUGCGUGGUCAAAGAGAGUAUGAGGCUGAUUUUUGCACCAGUCUUAGGCCGGCCUUGCUACAGGAAUUACAGAGGCUCAGUGUGGAGAACAUGGGCCAUGGGCUUGGAGAGGGACACACUGCACAGGCAGUGAACUCGCUCCCUUUGGUGCUGAAGCUGCUUUGUAUGAUGCAGGCCAGUGACCCGCCUUCAUCUUCUUACUACAGUAAGAUGGACGGAGUGCACUUCAAACUGCUCUACCACGUGAGCAAUAUAGCAGGGAGAUUGAAGCCUACUAACACAGGGAGCCUGCUUCCUGCCCUCAGCUACCUAUACUGCUGCCUGAGUCUGUCCCCAGCACACAGCACUGACAGAGCUGUCUCCAUGCUGCUCUCCAACACUGGACUGAUGGACCUGCUGCAGACAGUCCUUUCCUCCUCCUCCUCCUCCCUCUCCGCUCCAUCCCUCUCUCCAUCAGCCUGUCCUCCUUCAGCCCUGCUGUGCUGCAGCCAUCUACUCCUGUCCUCCCUCAUUACCUUGCAGCGCGUUCACUCUGCUCAGGUCCAUAAGAGCAUCAGUUGGAGUCUGGACACCGCUGUGCAGCGACUCCUUGUCCAGAAAAGAAACACAGACAAUCUCUUGCUGGUCAGCUACCUGAGGUUGCUGCAGGCUCUACUUGAUGUUGACCUGGCGUCAGCAGUGGUGUGUGCGAGCACUGGUCCUGGCUUGGUCGGGCCAAGACCCCUGGGGGUCGAAGAUGGUGCUUUGUACCCUCUUGGCUCCAGAGGGGCCCAGUGCCUCUCAACUGCUGUCAGUGGACUUCUUUUGCAGAAGCACGAGCUGUUGCUGAGAGCCUCAGUCAACUGUCUAAGCUCCCUGCUGGGCUUCCUUCAGAGAAAGUGUCCCACUACAGCAAAGUACGUGGUGUGUCAGCCAUGGAGUCGAUUCCUCCUCUACUGCCUGCUCAGCUCAGGAGAGAGCUGCCUUCUUCACCCUGCCAUUCUGAGACUCAUCACACUGCUCCUGCAGCACGGCAGUACGGCCGUGCUCUGGGAGCCUGACCUGCGCCAGGUGAUGGAGGCGGUGGAGAGGAGAGGGGUGAAGGAGCUCAGCGAGGAAGCAACACAGGCCCUCGGGCUGCUCCUCACACAGAUCCAGAGCAGUGUCCUGCAGCCGCCGCCCACAGAGGAGCACAAGCAGAGGGUGAGGAGCAUGACGGAGUCCCUCGGCCCACAGAGCCCAGCCGAGAGCUGCAGCCCCAGCCUGCCAAGCAACGUCUUGUAUCCGUCACCUGAAGUGAAACACACUCAAACGCCUCACAUCUGUACAAAACACACACAGGCCAACACACCGUAUACAUCAUGCAGGCACAUUUAUACCUGCAAAACCUUAGACACCGUGGCGAUCUGACAAGUGUUGUAAAAACUCAUACAAAUGCACAUACUUUCUCAGCACACCAAGAAAGAUACCCAUAAUGUCAGCAGAGCACCUUCAUCGACUUUCUCUGGCUAUUUAUUGAAUGUCUUUGUUAUGCUUUUCACUUAAUCUCUUUGAAAGUGUGUUUUACAACAUAGGGCUGUUACUGUAUUUCAGUCAGUCAGUACUUUAAGGCUCAGUACAGUACAUUCAUUCUCUCUCUCUCUCACACACACACACAUGUGUACACAUUGAUUCUUUCUUUUACCCACCCACACACACUCAUGAACUCACUCUGUGUCUGUUCAGUUUGACAUUAGCUUUAUUGGUUACUGUUAUAUAAAAACAAUGCUGUGCUAUCACACAGACAGAACACAGUAAACACGUGGAACACCUUCAACUGUGAUUGAAAAAGUAAUUUGAAACAGACACUGUCAUUAAAGAUAUGAAUGCACUUAUGUUAAAACUUAAUUAUAGUGUCUGUUAAGGCUUUCUCUCUCUCUCUCUCUCUCACACUCACACACACACACACACACACACCUACUUUCUCACUUUGCUUCAUCGCUCCUUAACUGUCCUCCUCAGGCGUGUUGGAGAUGUGUCCAUCUGUCUGUCUGACUUUACUGUGAAAGCAGGCCGAUGUUCUGGCAAACUGAUAUAAUGGUUGACGGUGUUGCACUAUCAAUUUGCCCAUUUGUUUCAUCAUUCAUUUCUUGUUACAUUUCUUGAAUUGCUGUAUAAUUAGUGUGUUUUUUGUUCUGAUGUUAAAGCAGCAAUCAGGGUGUCUCAGUAUUUUCUAGACCGCCUGAAGGACACAAUCAGACCAGACAACCUCACUUGGUAAUUUUUUUUGCGAUUAAAAAAUAUUACUCACUAUUUGAAUUUUACAACUAUGGAGUGAAGUGAAGUGGUCAAGGUGAAACCUUGUGCAUUAAUGUAUUUGUCUGUUCCAUGGAUUCUGUAACAGGUCACAAGCAAAUUAAAACCACUGUUAAAUUAAAA